AUGGGAUUCCCCACGUUUCGCUGCUUAAACGCGCUUCUGGUCACGGGCAACAGCGACGCAGAAGCUGCUAUGGAGUCGUUGUUCUCGCACAUGGACGAUCCUGACAUCGAUAAACCGAUCCAAGCAGCUCAAUCUGUCGGGGGAUCAGAGCCAUCCCCUGGCCAGAGGGGCCCUCGGUCCACUCUGGUCAUUACAUUGCCCACAUCCGGGUUAACGGCCAAUGGUUGUUUAAUGAUGAGAAUGUAG